CCAUCAUCUGCUGGCAGAGCAUGAGCCAGAAGAUGUCUCAGACUGAGCUGGAUGAGUCAUUCUGACAAGCUGUUUGUGGAUCAGCUGUGCAGUUGUGUUUCUUCUUCAUCCACCAGCACCACAGGCACUGGAAACCAUGGCAGCACCAGAGUGGGUUCUUGAAUUUCAGCAUAGAGCAAAGAAUCUUAAAGAAGGACACUCUUGGAAAUUGGAAUUUGAUGAAAAUAUUGUUCCAAACCAACCAAACCUGGGCUGGAAGCAGUACAUCAGGAACACAAGUGCAAGGUUCCAAUGCAGCAAGUGUAGAAGAAGCUGGCCCUCCAACCGGGUGAUGGUGGUCUUCCACAUGUGUCUGAGAGGUACGCAGGGCACCGUGAAGGUGAGGUGCAUGCGUCAGAACUGCAAGAACUGCAGCGAUGCCCCCAUGGAGAAGCCCAGUGUCACCCCUGAAAACAUAGUCAUUCUCAUGGAGAAUCUGAUGGAAAAAAUCAGAAUAAAGUGCUACAAUGAAGACCUUGGUGAAAGGAACAGGCCUCCCAGAAGACUCAAUGUCGAAAGUCCCCAUGAGCCCGCACAUUGUGAGGGCUGUAUUCUUGGCAUCUGUACAAGGAGCUGAACUUGUAAUGCUUUUUGUUUGCCUUCUAUUGAUAUAUUAGAAUAUUAAUGCAGAAAUAAGGGUUUUGAUUAUAUUGUUUGCCUGAGAUAUAUAUACAUAUAGAUGGAAUCAAGACUUUCCCUUCAGAUUUUAUUUGUUUUUCUGACACAGUUAAAUAAUAGCUGGAGUUUUUCUGUUUAUUUUUCCUGUAGGCUUACAUUUAAAAUUUUUAAAAGCUUGCUUAAAAACAAGAAUGUACAUCUACAAAUACAAAAAGGCUGUACAAGGUAUGAACUGGUCAUAUUUGUCAUUUAUGUGGAUAUAAAAUGAUUGCCAAUAAAUUACAUUCAAAUUUAA